UUCGCAUAAUAUCGCCGCCUUUCCUACUAUACCUACCCCAUAACCCAUAGUUGUAUUCUGUAUUAGCAAGUCAACGCACUCUACCACUAUUAUUAUACCUACCCUCGUUAGUUCAGCGACAGUUCGUAUUUUUUACCAGUUAUUUAAAUAAUAUAAAUAGAUUUUUCACAAAACCCUCUGAAAUGGAAUUCAAAUUCGAUAUAAAAGAUCUGGCAGAAGGAGGAAUCGCGAAAAUUGAUCAUACUUUAACACCACUUGGCUGCGAAGAGGAUGAAAACUUACAAAAGAAAGUUGCAAUGAUUAUUGACGAAAUGGGUAAAGCAUCUGCCAGAGCACAGGAUUUAAAAAUGCCUAUAACAACUGCAGAAAAGUUAUCAAAAUCUGAUCAUAUAAUCUAUUUAUUGUCAGAACAAACAAAUGAUGAGACAUUUGUUAUUGUUGGAAUUUUGAAAAUGGGAUGGAAAAAAUUAUAUCUUUUUGACAAAAAAGGUUCACGUUCUGAAGCUAUGGUAUAUUGUUUACUUGACUUUUACAUUCAUGAAACUAGACAGCGUCAAGGAUAUGGAAAUAAACUAGUUGAACACAUGUUAAAGGAUAACGAGUUAGAAGCUAAGCAAUUGGCUAUAGAUAAACCUUCAAAAAAAAUGUUGCAAUUCAUGCAAAAACAUUAUUCACUUAAAAAGUUAGUUGAUCAAGGGAACAAUUUUGUAAUAUUUGAAGAGUUUUUUGAUACUCCAGGAUUAACACAACUAAAAGAUAAAUUUGACAGCACAAGUGGAUACAGAAACAAACCUACGUAUGGACGCCAUGCUGCUAAUAAACACAAUGACUCCAUGUCGGAUAUAUUACAUGGGGCUGGUAGUGCAACUCGAUUGAAUGACAAAUACGUUGCUAAUGCUGAUAUCAUCAAUAAUAAAUUCAAGGAUAACAAACCAAAUCUUGUCACAGUUCUUCCUUCAGAAAAAGAUGUAAAUGACACAAUUAAUGGAAAAAAAGGUGCUCCACCAAAAUUGGAUCUCAAAUUUUAUCAUUCACAUUUGUGGUAAAAAGCUUUUAUAAAUAUCAGAUAUUAUAUCAAUAAUAAAUUGCAUUUUUAAGUCUUAUUAAUCUUUAAAAUAAGGAGCUUUUUAAACUUUUUAUACAACUAUUUGUUUAAUUUAAAUAUGUUCAUUAUAAAAUAAAUAAAAAAAUACAGUUACAAUACACAUUACACACCAUAUUCUAAUUAACAGUAAAGGUAAUUGAAAUAUAGGUAUCAUUUUCUUUUAAUGUUAUGUACUAGUGUACUACGUACAUUUUUACAAUUAUCUUAAUUAUUUUAUGUCUUAAUUGUACAAUUAUAAAUUUUAAUUUUUACUUUAAAAAUAUACAUUGAUCUAUUCCUUAAAAUUAUUUUAUAUUAUUAUAUAUAGGUAUUAGUUAUAUAUAUAUAUAUAUAUCUGUGAUUUAAUUUUCAUUAAUUUGUUUUCAUGUUACCUAUUGUUGUCUGAUUUAUGUUAAAUUAUAAUUAUUUUUGGUUCAACUCGUUAUGUAGGAUGCCUCAUAAACUUAUUUUUGAUGUAAUAUAUAUUGUACCUUAUAAUAUUUCUGAUGAGAUGUAUACUUAUUAGUUAUUAAUUAACGAUGUUAAUUUCUAAUAUUAUAUAGUUUGUACCUAGGUACCUUAUAGUUAUUGAUUAAAAAAAAUUGUAAAUGUUUUGCAUAAAUAUCAAAAAUCAAAGUUAUAUUGAGUUUUAUUAGGUAUCAGUUAUCAAAUUACUAUAAGGUAAUUAAACAUCUUACAAUGCUAUAAUUAGACAUAUUAAUUUUUGUGAGAGGUAUAUUAUAAGUUCUACCUAAUUUUCAAACUUUAAAUAAAAACAGUUUUGCAAUAUAUAAAAA